ACACGGCGCGCCGGUCUGUCUGUUCACACGAGGCCGCCUUCAAUCAACCUACCCCUUCAUGGUAUAUGGUGUCCGCUAAGGAGCCUACCCGGAAGUUAUGUAAGCUGUGUCGUGGGACAAGAGUGACAGUCUAGGGGCAGUAACGAGGGACUAGGGUUCGUGUCCCCCAAUAACACCCCGGGGUGUCGAAUGACCAGUCGUUUGACGUCAGACAGGAGGCAGAAGGACACACGGCGCUACAGCACGCACCAGACAAGCAUCAACGUCAUCAUGGGUCCGGAGCCGCUCCACGCGUCGAUGUCGGAACGCACACCGCUGCUCAGCUCAGGUGACAAUGGCCUGAAGGAUUCCAGCAUCAAUGUCAAGAUUGUACCUGAAGAGCGAAGACAUCUGGGGUUCUUUGGGCAAGUGAAACUGCUACUGUGGAAAAACUUAGUACAGCAGACUCGCAAUAUCAAGGUUACAGUUGCUGAGGUGCUCAUACCACUGCUAGGUGCUCUUAUCAUGCUGGUUGUAAGGCAGGUGGUGAUAGUAACAGAUACCCAGGAGCCAACACUAUGGCAGCCAAGACACCUAGAUAUGCCUUCAUUAGAACCACUUUUCAAUGGUUCCGAACAAUUUUUCAACAUGUCUGGACUAAAUUUGAAUGGCACCACAAUUUUGUAUGCACCCAAUACAACACUUGUCGAUAUGUUUGCAAGGGGAAUUGAGACAGCACUGGAGAGUCAUGGUUUCUUCUUCCACAUGAUGGGGUUCUCCAGUGAGGCUGAUCUGGAAAAUCAUUAUCGUACAACAAACGAUGAUUCUACAAAAUAUCCUUUCAGCCUUAUUUUCAAUGUGAACAGCUCCAUGCUAGCUUUUCCAAGAGACAUUACUUACAAAAUUCGGCCAGAGACAAAAGAUAACGACAAGUGGCAAACCCGUCAAGUCUUUUCCUUCUACCAAGUGCUCAACCCUCGCAAUGAUACUCUUGACUUGUAUUAUAAUCGAGGAUUUGUCUUCAUACAACGUCUUGUGGAUGAGGCUCUCAUUAGAAGCUGGAUGCCACUAACUGACCUUAAUGUUUCUUCAUGGCUACUCAAUCGUAUCCCAUACCCGCCCUAUAUCAACGAUGCCAUGGUACAGGUCCUGCAGCAGAACUUCCCUUCAGUUCUGAUGCUGUCAUUUAUCUUGAGCGUGAUCAUCAUGAGCAAGAACAUUGUCUACGAGAAGGAACGACAGCUAAAGGAGUCGAUGAAGUUGAUGGGGCUGACAGCAGGAGCUCACUGGACAGCUUGGUUUCUGCAGUUUUUUAUUUACUUGGUGCUGGCCUGUGGCAUCUACACCCUCUUCAUGUCCAUCGCGAUUGGCAGCAAGAAGGCAGUGCUUGUCUACAGCGAUCCCUCUCUUGUCUUCUUCUUUUUUAUUUGCUACUCCAUCAGCAUUAUCACCUACUGCUUCUUUGUCACCACACUUGUCAACAAAGCCAAUACAGGAGCAGCUUUGGCGGGCAUUUUGUUCUUUGCAUUGUUUUUUCCUUACUACUUCCUUGAGUCACGCUAUGAAGAUCUGACACUGACUGAAAAGCUCAGCGCAUGUCUUCUCUUCAAUAUGGCUAUGUCUUAUGGAAUGAAGACUAUUGGCCUGUAUGAGGGGACAGGAAGAGGUGCCCAGUGGAGUGGCUUUACAAACCCUGCCAGCGUCGAUGACAACUUUUCUCUUCUGCAUGCCAUCAUCAUGCUGCUUAUUGAUUCUGUCAUCUUCCUUAUCCUCACCUGGUACAUAGACAACGUUCAUCCUGGUGCAUAUGGUGUUCCUCGUCCAUGGUACUUUCCAUUGCAGAAAUCUUACUGGUGUGGAGGAAAACAGAAAAGAAGACUUUCAGUGAGAGAGGUAAAUGGUAGCCCCACUCAAGAGGAGAUAAGGACUGGAAGUAGCACCACUAAAACGCAUUUUGAACGUGAACCAACGGGUCUGCAUGCAGGCAUAAGGAUGGUUCAUUUGAAAAAAGAAUUUGGCCCAAACAAAGUGGCUGUACUAGACUCCACGCUAUCUAUGUUUGAAGGCCAGAUAACCGUGCUUCUUGGCCACAAUGGGGCGGGCAAAACAACUACAAUGUCCAUGCUGACUGGAUUCAUACCACCCACGUCUGGAACAGCCUUGGUGAAUGGUUACGAUAUUCGUACAGACAUUAACAGUGUCAGAAGCAACCUAGGGUUGUGUCCUCAACACAACAUCCUGUUUGACACACUUACUGUGGAUGAGCAUCUCAAAUUCUUUGCCAGGCUGAAAGGUUGUAGAAAGCAAGAAAUACCAAAGCUAGUUGCAGACAUGGCCAAAGAAGUUGGCUUGGAAACCAAACGGGAAGCUUGGGCUGGAACACUGUCUGGAGGCCAAAAACGAAAACUCAGUGUUGGAAUAGCCCUUAUUGGAGGGUCAAAGAUUGUAAUUCUGGAUGAGCCAACAUCAGGCAUGGACCCAGCUGCUCGCAGACAGCUCUGGGAAGUGUUGCAGAGAAAUCGGGCUGGCCGAACCCUGCUGCUAUCUACACAUUUCAUGGAUGAAGCAGAUAUUCUUGGUGACCGCAUUGCCAUUAUGGCUGAAGGUGUAAUCAAGUGCUGUGGUACAUCCUUGUUCCUGAAGAAGCUUUACGGAGCAGGAUAUCACCUUGUCAUUGUUAAAGCACCGACUUGCAAUGUGGAAGCCGUGACAGCCGCUGUUGAAGGCAUAAUCACUGGUGCUUAUCUUGAAAGUCAAGUUGCAGCAGAGUUGUCUUACUUGUUGCCAGAGGAUCAGUCAUCCAAGUUUCCGCAGCUGUUUCGCAUGAUUGAGACCAGCUUGGAGAAACUGGGCAUUUCAAGCUUUGGAGCAUCUGCAACCACCAUGGAGGAAGUUUUUCUAAAAGUCGGAGCCAGUGGGUUAUCUAAUGAAGAUGAUGAAGCUGUUUCAUCCAAGGCCAGUGUUAUGACUGGUAAUACUAAUCAUGGAUAUGGGUCUAAUGAUUCCCUGACAAAAAUUGUGGAUGGUGUGCCAGUAGCAGAUGGUGGUUCCAGCUCUUAUUAUGUCAACAUGCAUGAGCAGGAGAUAAUGGCAAUCAACUCAAGUUUUAGCCGUCUUUCCAAUGUGUCUCUUCAUCUGUCCCGCUUUUAUGGAAUGUUUAUCAAGAAGGCUAUCCACACUUUCCGCAACCGCCUCAUUUCAGGAGUGCAGCUGGCUUUGCCAGUCAUCUUCACAAUAGCAGCCUUGUUGGUGGAUAAGGUGCGGCCAAGUGAUUUGGCUGACCCACCUGUCACACUGACACUGGACAUGUUUGAUGGCUCCAUCUCUGCCUACUCCACUGGAUUCUCUGCCACAUCACGGUCACUUGCUCUUGGCAGUAGUUACAAGUCAUUGGCUGAUGAGGGGAACAUCUUUGACGAAGUCGACCUCAGCCGCUAUUCCAACAUGAGUAACUUCUAUCUGUCGCUGGCCAGUGACAUUGGACUGUUCACCUACAACAAGAAGGUGGUGAUGGGCGGUGAAUUUGAACCUUUGUCAGGUGGAGACAACCUUACUGCUGUUGCCUGGUAUAGCGGGCAGCCAUACCAUGCCAUGCCGAUUGCUGUGUCCUACCUUAUGAAUGCUUUUGCAAGACAAGCAACAAACAGCAAUGCUGUCAUCACCACCAUCAACCACCCCAUGCCGAAAAGUGCUGUUGCAGCAGCCAGGGAUGAGAUGAACAACGCCCUCAUGUUUGGCUUCUCCAUAGGGUUCAGUAUGCUCUUUGGUAUGGCCUUCCUCACCUCAUCUUUCUCGCACUUCCUCAUCAGAGAGCGGCAGACAGGAGCCAAACAUCUGCAGGUAGUCAGUGGGUCGGGCCUUUCAUUUUGGCUGGCAACCUUUGCCUGGGAUCUUGUCAACUACAUGAUACCCAGCCUGGUGCUUCUGGUCAUCUUUGCAGCCUUUCAGGUGGAGGCUUAUGUUGAGGAAGAUCAUCUUGGAAUGGUGCUGCUGAUUUUAAUUGCCUUUGGUAUAGCUGUACUACCAUUUAUUUACCUCCUUCAAUCACCAUUUUCCGCCCCUGCCACAGGCUUUGUGGUCCUCAUCAUCCUGUCAAUAGUCACAGGACUCUUCACCAUGAUGACAGUGUCCAUCAUGCGUAUUCCUUCUCUCGAUGUCACCGAUGUUGCUGAUGCACUAGACUGGGUUUUCUUGAUUCUCUUUCCGCACUACUCAUUGGGCACAGCUUUCUCCAACUUGUACAUCAACAAGCUCACUACUGACUAUUGUUCAAAUGUCACCAUCGGCAUUUGUGAACUUUUUAACAGAAGUGGAAUAAUCAACCCAUGCUGCAAGGAUUUCUGUGGUGAUUCCUGUACACCUUACAAUGAAAACUACUUGGCAUGGGAGUAUCCUGGCAUUGGGCGAAACAUUUGUUUCAAUGCCAUUCAGUGUCUGGUCUUUUUUGCUGUGGUGCUCAGCUUGGAAUACCAGUUGCCCCAAAAACUUACCUACCUGAUGAGAAGAGGUGUGCAGGGCAUGCAAGGAGCACCAGUAGUUGAUGAUAUCAGUCCUGGCAUGGAAGAUAGCGAUGUUGCUGUAGAGAGAAGGCGAGUGACCUCAGGGGGUGCUGCCAAUGACACAGUGGUAUUGAGAAAUCUCUACAAAGACUAUAAGGCUUUGAUUGCUGUAGACAGCAUUUGUGUGGGCGUGCCAAAGCAAGAAUGUUUUGGACUGUUGGGUCAGAAUGGGGCAGGAAAGACAACAACCUUUAAAAUGCUGACUGGAGAUGUUAUGCUCUCUGGUGGUGAUGCCUUUGUCCAGCAGCUCAGCGUCAAAACUGACAUCAAGCAGGUGCAAGCUAACAUGGGGUACUGUCCUCAGUUUGAUGCCUUGAUAGACCAGAUGACAGGUCGUGAGACACUGUACAUGUAUGCACGACUACGGGGAGUCCCAAGCCUUUGUAUCUCCUCCAUUGUUGACAACCUUCUAUCAAUUCUAAUGCUGAACGAACAUGCUGACAAGCAAACUGGCUUCUACAGUGGUGGUAACAAGCGAAAACUAAGCACAGCCAUUGCCUUGGUAGGAAAUCCAUCUGUUAUUCUUCUUGAUGAGCCGUCGUCAGGCAUGGACCCUGCAGCUCGCAGGCAACUGUGGACAGUUCUAUCACAGGUGCGAGCCAGUGGCCGUACUUUGAUUCUCACCUCUCACAGCAUGGAGGAGUGUGAUGCCCUCUGUACGCGCAUUGCCAUCAUGGUCAAUGGCAAGUUUAAGUGUCUUGGCUCUCCACAACACCUGAAGUCCAAGUUUGGCCAGGGCUACACACUGCAGGUCAAAAUGGCCACGCUAGAGAACGGCAUGCUGGCGUCCACUGAGCCUUUAGUUAGCUUCAUCAUGACCACUUUUCCUGGUGCCCAGAAGUUUGAUGACCUCCAGGGUUAUGUGCAUUUCCAGGUGCCUUCUGCCACAGUGCCCCUGUCUCAGGUCUUUACAGCCAUGGAACAUGCCAAGACAAAUCUUCAUGUUGAGGAUUAUUCUGUUCACCAAACCACACUAGAACAAAUCUUUCUGACAUUCACCCGAGCACAGUAUCCUCCCCGCGAAGCUAUUUCAAGAGGUUGUGUGGGUACAAUAUGCCCAUGUAUUGCAUGAUGAGGACAGUGUAGUGCUGUGGACAUCUGGCUACCUACUGAUACAAGUUUAUUGUAUACUGUAAUCUAAGUGUAGGGAGAAAAAGAUAGGGUUUUUUGGGUUUUCUUUGGCAGUCUUUAGACUUAAGACAGCGAUUAGCCAUGACCCAUCAGCAAGGAGGCAUUGUUGGAUGUGACAGAACACCGCACUACUGCACCAUGUGCAAUUUCACAGUAAAAAUCAGUACGUUUGUGUGUGUUGAUGUGUUUGUCAGUGUGUGAGAGAGAAUGAGAAAGUGUGAGUGUGCAUGACCAUAUGUUCAUAUCUGUAUACCACUCCAUGUUGAUUUUGCUGUUUAUAAAUGAACAAGACAGGUGUAUUGAAAUUAUAUUCUCCAAGUGAAAAUAUGUGAUAAAGUUCACAGACACAUCAUGACAUCAAAAUGCACAGAAUGUAAACUAGUGAUGAUGUACAUAGUGUUGUAAAUUAUAGAUGCUGUCAUAAUGUCAUAAUUUAUUUUACAGCUGUAUUAAAAAGUAUCGUUGUUCAUUAUUUUUUUUAUCUGGAGCUCAGUUACAUAAACACUUUUUUUGAUUUACUGUUUUGAUGCAUGAAAGUGUUGAUUAACUGUACAAGGUGAGUGGGCCUUACUGAAGGCAUAAUGACUAUGCAGAUUCAUCUGCAGCUUCCAUGCAUUUUGUUAUAAAGGGAUUGUGCUUGCAUGGUGCUCAUUUAUUGUUAAACAAGUCCAACAAAGAAUGUGUGACAGCAUUUCUGGGGAAAAGAAUGGUAUUGCUCAUUGAUAGCUACAGCUCCAGAAAUAGGGUAAGAAAGAUAGGGCUGAGCUUCAUAGCACUCAUGCAGUGAGAGAAAAAUGUUUUUCUGCAACAAAUAGGACAUUCCAUAUACUGACAUUCAUGGCACUGUACUUAUUUUUCUGUUUCUGGCCCAGGAUACUGGGCUUGCCUUAGAAUUGUACGUCAAGACUGAGCAGUUGUGAUAUUGACUUGAAAAUGGUGAUAUACAUUUUGUGCUGUUAGUCAUACUGUUGAAAUGUUAGUCUUAGUGUUUUUAAUGCAGUUUGAAUUUUAGUCACUUCUUUGACUUCGUAUUAUCCAGAAUGCUGAAGAUGUUCCAUCAUAUUUUUUAUAAAUAAAAUCCCAUUUGUAGAACA